CGAGUUGGCAACAUUCUAAGAGGGUUCCGACAUCGUUUUUUUUUCGCGGUUGGCGGCUUUCAUCAUGUCGCAGGACCGGGGGAAGGAUCCGGUAGACUCACUCAUGACCGCCCGACAAGGUCAUAACACAAAGACGUUUGACUCGCCGUUCAAGGUUGACCCGAAAAUCGACGGCAAGAGGGACGACCCGGUGUGGCAUUUCAUAGCCAGAGGGCGUUAUUUGGAUGGGUCGACGACGGCGGGUAGGAAGAGCGGUCGUCGAUGCCUGUGUAGGUUGUGCAGGUGUUCGAUUUGUGGGGGCGCUAAAGCCGCCAAGAAGCACUUCUCGAAGAGCGAGAAGUUCCGAUGUGAGGCAGCCACUCCUGCUGUGUGGAAUGCGAUCUGGUUGAAGGACAUGACAAAAUGUCCGAAGAAGUUCGCGUCGGCCAUAGAAACGUUGCAGAGCUUAUUGCUAGGCCAUCCGAGCUUGGAGUGGCCACCUCUUCGAUUCCCCGAGGAUGCAAUGUCGCCGCUGGUUCCUCCCACCGCCCCUUCAGGAGCGGUCGCAUCGCCCAAUUCUGGGGCUCCGGCCAUUCGAGACACUGUACCGCGUCCUGCAACAACAGUUGCAACACGACCGGCAGCCCCGCCGUCUGCGCCGCUGGUUGGGACACGAGGUGCUCGCGAUGUGGGAGUUGGUCGUUCCACGCCAGCCAACGAGCCCCCGCCUGUGGGGGAUGGUGUGGGCUCUGCGGCAUUUGACGAGGCGAGCACUCGUGCAUUUAUUGAGAGUCGCAGGUGGGGGGGGAGUGCCGGCAGUUCAGCGCCCGUGCUCGCCCCUGUUUUCAGGAGUGCUAGGCAGUCAGAUGCCGCACGGGGUGGUACUGCGGUGGCACCUAGCGCAUCGCCCCGCAGUUCGUCGGAGCACCUCUGGCUGCCACCGCCACCGUCGAGAGCGGCGCAGCGUCCUGUGGUCCACCACACUCACGGAACCGCCCACCUGGAUCCGUCACACGCACCUGCUGAUGCUCGACAAUCUGCCUCCGUGCCUCGUUUCGGGGAACAGGUGGAUCAUGGGGUGCCUGCCGAGGAGGUCCCCGCUCCGGUGUAUGAUUCAUCGCCGACCCCUAUUCCGACAACCACAGCCGGUGGUCGGUCUGCCCCACAGCCUCCACCCGUGUUGACCGGAUCGUUAGACCCUUUGCAGCGCAUUCGUGACCUUGCAGUCGCCCAGAGCGCGACACCUACUGUUUGGUCGACCAGCAAGAUCCGCAAGGACACAGCAGAGGUCACUGCAUGUAUCGGCUCCCCUCCAUGGUGGGAGGAUUUGAGAGCUCUAUGCAAGAUGCUAGAGCCCAUCAUGGACAUGCUGAGGUUGGUGGAUAGCGACAUACGCCAGAUCAGCAAAAUUCUGCGACGUUACGAGGAGAUGAUUGCAUCUUGUUUAUCCGCAUGUCGUGACAUUGAUCGGGAGCAGCAGGACGCUAUUGUGGAGGUGUUCCUCGGGCGGUGCACCAUGUUCAAGACCCCCGCCCACACGGCAGCCAUGCUGCUAGAUCCAGAGUUCCGGGACGCGACGUUGUGUGACGAUGCGGAGGUGCAACAGGCCUUGGUCGAGGCCCAGUGGUUGAGACACGGGGGCAGGCGGGAUGACAGUAUUGCAUCUCGUGUACGCAGACAUCGUGUCCACAUUGCGAUCGACACGGGGGCACGUGACAUGCUGCAGGACCUGAUUGUCGUGUCAGAGGAUGAGAUGACACGCGUCGUGACAGAGGGUUCGACGAGUUCGGCGGCGACACAAUACUGCAUCCUCCAGAGUCCGGCACUCCCGCCAUUUUUCAUGUCGGUGUACCGUGGGCGAUGGAGCAGGGGAUGGCGAAGGGAGUGGCAGGGAACCGUCGUGGCGGACCGCACGUCGCAGCGCAACGUAGUCUGGAAGGUUUACUGGAGGCAGCGUCUGGAGAUGUUUUGGCGCAGGGGGGUCAUGGUUCGCAGUUGUUAUCGGACUGCGUGUCAUCAGUCCAUCCACCAGACGAGGGCCCGCAACGAGAGCCACAUCGAGGCCCAGCGGAGACUUUAGAGGCGAGGCCUCCCGGAGUUAUCCGCUCGGACGGAGGCGAGGGCAUGAGCCAGGAUACGGGGCAGCCAGGGAGC